AUGGAGGCGGAACUGAAGAUUCCGGAGCUGCGGACUGUUUUCCGUGUAUCGCACCCAAAGCGGAAGUGUGUUUUGUAGCACGUGGGUAGAAGCUGGAGCGGGUGAUAUGUCGAAGGAGAAGACAAAGAAUCAGAAGAAGCUGCGAGCCACUUCCAUCCACAAUGCAGAGGAAGAAUAUGCAAGCGUCCCUCACUCCUUUGUCUUCCAUCGCGGGGUGGUUGGAAAGAACGUACAGCAGCUGAUUGAGGAUGUCCGACGGGCGAUGGAGCCAUUCACGGGCGCUUCUCUCAAGGUUCGCAAGAAGAAUAGCUUGAAAGACUUUGUUGCUGUGGCUGGGCCACUAGGAGUGACCCAUUUCCUGAUCUUCACCAAGACGGAAGCCAAUCUCAACUUUAAAUUUGUCCGUUUGCCUAGAGGACCCACACUACACUUCAGAGUGACCGAGUAUUCAUUGGUAAAGGAUAUCAUCUCCUCUCUAAAGCGACAUCGGAUGCACGAGCAACAGUUCACUCACCCACCUCUGCUGGUGCUUAAUAACUUUGGCACGCAAGGAAUGCACGUGAAGGUGAUGGCCACCAUGUUCCAGAACAUGUUCCCCUCUAUCAAUGUUCACAAGGUAAACCUGAAUACAAUCCGCAGAUGCAUCCUUAUAAAUUAUAACGAGGACACCCAGUCGCUGGACUUCAGACAUUUCAGUGUAAAGGUGGUUCCAGUAGGAAUGAGCAAAGGUGUAAAGAAGCUGCUUCAGGAGAAGUUCCCUAAUAUGAGUCGCUGGGAGGACAUCAGUGAGCUGCUGGUCAAAGGCGCCAACCUCUCAGAGAGCGAGGCGGAGCAGGAUGGAGACCACAACAUCACAGAGCUGCCCCAGGCCUACGCUGGCAGAGGCAACAUGAAGUCCCAGCAGAGUGCCGUACGUCUGACUGAGAUUGGACCCCGGAUGACACUGCAGUUGAUUAAGAUAGAAGAAGGCUUAAGUGAUGGCAAAGUCCUGUAUCACAGCUUUAUCAAGAAGACAGAAGAGGAGAUCUCGGCAAUGCUGGAUCGCAAAGAGAAGAAACUUAAGCUGAAGAAUGAGCGGAAGAAGAAACAGGAGCAGAAUGUGCAGAAAAAGCAGGAGCAGAAGAAAGAGAACAAGAGUCGCAGUAUGGCUGGUAUGAAGAGGAAGAAAGGUGAGGAAGAGGAGGACAGUGAGGUAGAGGAUCCUGGGGAGUCAGGAGCACAAGAUCCAGCUAACCUAUCAGAAGAUGAUGACGCCGAGUAUUACAGACAGGUGGUUGGGAAGGAGCCUGACAAAGACCUUUUUCUACACGGAAGCAAAAAGCCCUUUGGGGGAAGGAAGUUUGGACCUCCCAGAAAGAAGUUUAAAGGUUCUAAAGGACCUUCCAAAGGGAGACGGGAUUCUGAUUUCCAGGCUGAACCUCACAAGGGCAAAUUCAACAAACACCAAAAGUCAAAAUUCCCAAAAGGACAGUCGCCCCGACCUGGCAAAAUGCAACAGAAGUUUCAUAAAAGUAAAGAAGGGAAAGGAGGACACACACGCUCUCCUGCUCAGGGCAAAAGGAAGGGCUUCAAGAAGCCGGGGGCAUUUGGCUCUAAGGGUCCAAAGAUGGGGGGGAAUCGCUCAAAAACAAACACCCGGCAAAAUGUGGGCGGGCCAAAAGGAAAGGCUUUCAAACAGAAGAAAAAGUCAUAUUAAAUGGACAACUAACACAUCUUUUGUAAAUAUGUGUAUUUAUCAUCUAGGUAUCUGGCUAUGUUAUGGCUGCCAAAAAAAUAAAAUUUCCUUUAUAAAUUU